AGCACUUUGACUGUGUUGUCUACCAAUUUCCGCUCACCAUGGCUUCCAAAAAGCAGCAGCAGGAAAUGGUGCAGGUCGACAGAUCCGAGUCGGCCUCACCAUUCUGGCGCACUUCAUCCUCCAACAGCAAGCGUGAAGCCAUCCUGCCUGGCGAGAGAAAGGUCUUUGGAGCUUCUUACUCACACGCCGACAUCCUCGACUUCAACAACCUAAACAUAUCAAACUCCACCACUCCACGUCCUCACACACCACCGUCGCGCGACAACCGACCGCCCUUGAAGUCUUCCACAAGUCUCUCACCACCAGCCCCGCGACGUUCCUAUUCCAACUUCUUCGGCGAAAACACAAAGACCUAUGAGCCAACACAAGAGGAGGAUGCUCUAGACUUCGAUCAAGAUGAAGAUGAGUUCGGCUUACCCAGCAUAGCGAGCAUGAGGCGGAAGGGCAAAAGACAAAUCGCAAAGAAGAAAAGAGAUCCAGGAGGCUCACAGUCGUCCUUGACCACUGUACCUUCAGCCACUGCGACACUGGCAUCAUGGUCUAUGAACAACGGAGACAUUGCCGAGGAACGCAGCCUGCCGAACUACCCAACGGCGAAGCGAUCCGACGGCAAGAUCCUCCGCCCACAGUACAAAGACAUUCUCCGAGACCCGGCGAAUGCUCUCCACUUGAUCAACCACGCUCCGGCACCACUCAACGCAUCGCCCAAAGAAGUCGAAGCCCACUCGGCUCGCAUCACUCGCAUCAACAAAUUCAAGCGCAUCCUACAAGCAACCUCGAUCAAUUUGGCCGAACUACGAGACUCUGCUUGGUCGGGCCUACCAGAAGAAGUCAGAGCCAUGUCAUGGCAGAUGCUGCUAGGAUACCUCCCAACGAACAGCGACAGAAGAGUGGCUACACUUGAGCGCAAGAGGAAUGAAUACUUGGAAGCCGUGCGCCAAGCGUUCGAGAAGGGUACUUCGACAAAUGACGCCGACUCAGUCAUCGGUAUUGGUGGCAUCUCGGCAUUACCGGCGACUCAGAGAGGCAAAGGACGCGGGCUGGAUGAGGCAAUCUGGCAUCAGAUCAGUAUCGAUGUACCGCGAACGAAUCCGCAUCUCGAGUUGUAUAGUUUUGAAGCCACGCAGAGGUCUCUGGAACGCAUACUCUAUGUCUGGGCCAUUCGACACCCCGCGAGCGGUUAUGUUCAGGGCAUCAACGACCUGGUCUCACCAUUCUGGCAGGUCUUUCUCGGCAUGUACAUCACGGAUCCAGAGAUUGAAUUUGGCAUGGAUCCAGGGCAGUUGCCAAAACAAGUCCUCGAUGCUGUGGAAGCUGAUACCUUCUGGUGUCUUACUAAACUUCUCGAUGGUAUCCAGGACAACUAUAUUCACGCACAGCCAGGCAUUCAGCGACAGGUCGCAAGUCUUCGAGAUCUGACCACCCGGAUCGAUGGAAAUCUGGCAAAGCAUCUCGAAAAUGAAGGAGUCGAGUUCAUACAAUUCAGUUUCCGAUGGAUGAACUGUUUACUCAUGCGCGAGAUCAGUGUCAGAAAUACCAUCAGGAUGUGGGAUACAUAUUUGGCCGAGGACCAAGGGUUUUCCCACUUCCAUCUCUAUGUUUGCGCUGCCUUCUUGGUCAAAUGGUCUGAUCAACUCUUGAAGAUGGACUUUCAAGAAAUCAUGAUGUUCCUGCAAGCUUUGCCGACUCGUGGAUGGAACGAGAAAGAUAUUGAGCUUCUGCUCAGCGAGGCUUUUAUCUGGCAAAGCCUGUUCCGAAACUCGAAGGCUCACAUCCAAAAGAGCUCUUCCAAUGGGCCUCUGUCAGUCACGUUAUAGUGACGGGUCCAUGAUACAACCACCUUGUACUCUGGUCAUGUUAUAAUCUCUUUCAUCAUGCUUUAUCAGGAUCCGCGAUGCCGAGGUCACAAAGAUUGACAAGACCCUCUCGUGGCGGAGCAUAUUGUCGCAGGUGCACCCC